AUGGCGGACGGUACCUCGCCUAGUUCCCCGCUUGUAUCACGACGGGAUCGAGCUGCUCCACGAAACGAUCUUCCAAAAUUAGGGCGCGCCAAGCAGCCUCCGCAGCAGCAGCCAGAGCCCCCUCCGGCCCCCUCCUCCCGCGAGGAGACGUGCCACUUCCUCAAUGCUAUCUUCCUCUUCCUCUUCAGGGAGCUCAGGGACACGGCCCUGGUCAGGAACUGGGUCACCAAGAAGAUCAAGGUGGAGUUCGAGGAGCUGCUCCAGGCCAAGAUGACGGGGAAGGUGCUGGAGGGGCUCAGCCUCAGGGACGUCUCUCUCGGCAACGUCCUGCCUGUCUUCAAAGCUGUCAAGCUCAUUCGGCCGGUGGUCUGCAAUGAAGAGGGCUGCCCCGAGGAGCUGGGCUUUGAGGUAGACCUGGAGUACAACGGUGGCUUCCACUUGGCCAUCGAUGCUGACCUGGUCUUUGGAAAGUCGGCCUACCUCUUUGUCAAGAUCUCCCGGGUGAUGGGGAAGCUGAAGCUGGUCUUCACGCGCCUGCCCUUCACGCACUGGUCCUUCUCUUUUAUGGAUGAUCCUGUGAUACUGUUUGAAGUGAAGUCUCAGUUUGAAGGGAGGCCUAUGCCUCAGCUCACUUCCAUCAUUGUGAACCAGUUCAAGAAAGUUAUUAAGCGCAAGCACACCUUACCCAAUUAUAAAAUCAGGUUCAAGCCAUUUUUCCCGUUUCAAGUAUUGCCACCUGAUGAAUAUGAAGAUAGAGACCUCUGUAUACAGGAUUUUCUGUUGACAGAAGGUCGAUUAAAAGUCACAUUAAUUGAAUGUACAAGGUUACUUAUGUUUGGAUCCUAUGAAAGAGAAACAAAUGUUCAUUGCACAAUGGAGCUGAGCAGUAAUGUUUGGGAAGAAAAAUCAAGAAGUUCUAUUAAAACGGCAGAACUAGUGAAAGGGAAUCUGCAAAGUGUUGGGCUCACUCUCCGCCUUGUGCAGUCCAAGGAAGAAGAUGCAGGGCAUGUUGUCAUUGAAACUGUGACUCCAAACUCACCUGCUGCAGCUGCUGAUCUACAGAGGGGAGACAGACUUCUAGCAAUUGGCAGUGUUAAAAUCACAUCAACUGUCCAAGUGUUGAAGCUUAUUAGACAGGCUGGGGACAGAGUUUUAGUCUUUUAUGAAAGGCCUGUGGGGUAUAAUCAGCAUGGUUCAGCACUGCAGGAUGGAUUUGGACAAUUGGAAGACGCUGCUUUCUUGACACAGCCAGAAGAUGACCAAGCUAGUUUAUCAGCUGAUGUUGAUAACAGAGAUUUUGAUUCAGAAUUUGAGGACUUAGCUUGUGAAUCACCUGACCAAAAAGAAGAUUUGCCAACAACUCCGAGUCCCAAACGUUCAGUAGUAAUACUUGCUGCUAAACCACUUGGAACUAUAUCUCCGAUUCUGAAUCGAAAACUACAUUUAGGAAGUUACCAGACAACAUCAAAAACACAACAAAAAGAUGGAGCUAAAGUGGCAACACCCAAAACUAUUGAGGGUUCAGAUGCAUCACAGCAAUCAGGUAAACAAUCACAAGGAUCCAGUACUAAGCCUCCUGUGCCACCUAGGCCACAAAGCAAGCCUAUUUUGCCUACUAGUGAAACUCAAAAUCUGUUAGAAACUGGAGGUGUAUCUUCUGAAAAACCAGAGAGGCCACCUCCACCUACAAAUAAUGGAGAUAAAUAUACAGAGAAGGUAGUAAAGAAUAAUGAUCAAAUAGAAGACCCAACGGUAUCAAAAGUAAUAACAGCACCAAAACAAGAUAUAUUAAAAGAUGGACUUUCAGAAAAUGCACGUAGUUACAAAGAUAGUGGAGAUGAUCAUCAAACAUGGGAAUCGCCAGAAAUUCCUUAUAAAAUCCGGCAAGGCCGAUGGCCAAGGACAAGAACAUCCUCCUGUCUAUUUGAAGUGGAAGGAUACCAUAAGUACCUUAAUGUUGCACUGUGGUGCAGAGACCCUUUCAAAGCAGGUGGUUUUAUCUGCUUAGGAUAUGCAAGCAUAAAACUUGAAGAAAUUGCUUUAGAUUGCAUAGCUACAUCCUCAAUGGAAUAUAUUAGAACAUUUAAACUGGAUGCUCCUACACCUAAAGCAGCAGUCACUAGAACAGCAUUGCGGAAUUUGACAACCCAUAAGGGAUUCAAUGAAAAAUUUUGUUAUGGCGAUGUAACUUUACACUUCAAAUAUUUAAAAGAAGGUGAAAUAGAUGAUUCAAACUUUCUCUUGGAGAAAGAAAGGGAAUGUCACUUGGAAGAAGAAGCUCGUGCACUUCAGAAAGAGGAUCCUUACUUGGGACACGUUGUUCUUACGGAGAACAAGCAUAACUUUCAAGAUACUCAGUUUCAGAAUCCGACUUGGUGUGAUUACUGCAAAAAGAAAGUAUGGACUAAAGCGGCUUCGCAGUGCAUGCUCUGUGCUUAUGUUUGCCAUAAAAAAUGUCAAGAAAAAUGUCUAACUGAGAUGCCCUUUUGUGUAGGAGCUGAAAAGCGACUUGAUCGAACUGUGGGAGGUUGUAGAGCAGAAGGACAGGAAGCUCCCCAAGCUGCAUCCUCUCGUGUUGAUUCAGAAUCUAAAUCUGUUAACAGAACUACAGGUUUGACCAGGCAUAUCAUCAAUACAAGCACCCGUUUGUUAAACCUUCGUCAAGUCCCCAAAGCUCGCCUUUCUGAGCAAGGAACAGAGGUGGUAGAACCUUCGCCAAAGCACACACCAAACACUUCUGAUAAUGAAAGUAGCGAUACUGAAAUCAGUGGGCCAAGCAGUCCUUCAAAACGUGCAGCAGGUACUGGGAUAAAGUUGGUCCGAAAGGAGGGUGGUCUAGAUGACAGUGUCUUCAUUGCCGUUAAAGAAAUUGGACGUGAUCUCUACAGAAGUUUACCCACAGAGGAGCGUUUUCAGAAAUUAGAAUUUAUGCUGGAUAAGCUGCAGAAUGAAAUAGACCAGGAGCUGGAAAAUAAUAAUUCACUCGUUAAAGAAGAAAAAGAGACAACUGAUGCAAGGAAAAAAGCCUUGAUUUCUGCUGCGCUGGCUAAGUCAGGUGAAAGACUGCAGGCCCUUACGCUGCUGAUGAUCCACUACAGAGCAGGCAUUGAGGAUAUAGAGUCUUUGGAGAACAUGUCGUUAGAGCGGCAGUCCAAAAGAGUGACUAAAGAUUCAGAGGAACCCAAUAUAGCAGAAGAAAUGGAUAAUGAAGAUGUCAGUCUGACGGAGGCGCCAACAUUCAACAUCAUAUCGGAAGAACCAGUUGAUCCACCUCAAUCAGUAGACUGAUAUUUACAUAUUUAGCCUUUGAAGGAAUGGACUAAAAGAAUACUUUGCACUUAAUUGCAAACACACACAAACUAAAUUAAAACACUGGUAUAAUGUCCUGCUUCUCCACAGUUAUUUGCCUAUGUAAGAGUACAGCUAAUAAUGGUUCUUCUCCAGCUACAGCACCAUCAUGUUGUUAAACUGGCUGGUUAAAACUCGAUUUUGGGGUUUAUAUUGGAAAUUUAUUUUUAAUAACUUAUUUUUAUUUUUUUCUAAUUAUGUAACCUUACCAUUUCACAUUAACGUGUGUGGUGUCCUUAUACUCCCCCCCCCCCUUCUUUUUUUGAGCUGGUGUUUUCAACAGGAAACUGGCAGGAUUUUCAAAAUGUUUAGUUUCCAUUGUAUGGUGAAAAAAUUACAAGCUUGUUGCAUGCCUAAGCUGAUGACUGACAGAGAAGUCACCGAGGGACCAGGCUUUGAAAUGUUGAUCACAGUUAUUGUACGUCUUCUAGGUAGUUGUGUAUUUUUCGCCAAACAUAUCAUGAAAGCAAACAAGAGGUCUUUCAUUUUGUCUGUUGUUAAUAUUUACUAAAGUUAACAUUGCAUAUAAUUUUUCCCAUAUUUUUGUUAAAUACAAGAACUUUUCAUAGUUUGAAAUUAACAUGAAAUAUAGUAAUGCUAUGCUAAAAAAAAAGCCUCCUUAGAACUUUGGGCUAUUGUAUCCUGAUUGAAUAAUAUUAGUUAUCAAAGUACAUACCGGUAUCUCAUAAUAAUUUAAUUGGGAAUAUUUGUGAGAUAAGAGGCUGGUUGCCUUCCAGAACAAAAUUAUAUAUUUAAGUGUUAUUGUAUUAUCUGAUGACCUGAUAAAGGAAAAUUGUUCUUCUCAAGAGUUGGAGGUUUCAUUACAUUCUAUGAAAAAGCAUGUAAUGACAGUUUAAGUAAAUAAAAAAAAAAAAAAAAAAUUUUGCUGCAGCCUUUAUCUUACCGUUUCAGAAAGCUUGAGGUACAAAAUACUUUACAAAAAAUAGCUAAAUGUGUUCUCUCUCAACACUUUUGAGUAAUCUUAUAGUGGUAAGUUGCAUUCAGCUUCUCAGACAGAAGAGACAGUCUGAGCAGAAGGAUCACCUUUGCCAGAAAAAUGUCCUGUAGUGUAUAUAACAUGUUUUAUUUGAGUCAAAAUAAGUGAGUCCAGUAGAGAUGAGGAAGAAUUUCAGCCAGCAGCUUUUGAAAGGAACUAUCUGAUCUUGUGCUAUGUGUAAACUGUGGAUCUUAGCAUCACCUGGCUAAGGCCGUUGUUCUUAUUUAUUUCCUGUAAACAUGUCUUUGUUUCAUCUUCUGUGUAUAGAAAUGCCGUAUAAAAUAUCAUCUUUAUUUUAGGUACUGUCUUAGGUACUGGUGGUAUUAUCACUGGUAGUAGAAAAAAAUGCCUUUGUGGAAAUGGAGUUGAAUCUAAGAUGGUAAAAUAACUUACUUAAAUUUUCAGGCAGUCUCUGAUGGACCUCUCCAUUAAAUUUGCUUCUCAGUUUAUUUUGUGAUGGGCAAAAUUAAGAAGCAAUGGUUUUCACAGAUGGAAAAGCAUACUUGUACUUCUGAACAAAACGGUUACUUCACUCAUGCAACUAUUUGCACUUUUUUGUGAGUUCUGGGCAGUUGAUACUUACUUACUUAGUUGAUGUAUGGAAAACACUAUCCAUGCUAAAAUAGGCAUGUGACACACUUCUGAAAUUAAGCUUCAGUAAAUAAUCGCACAAAAUUAGCUUCCCUUAUUGACUAAAAGUUAUUUAACUUAUACUUGCUUGAGAUGCAUAUAAAGACUUCCCCCACUCCAUUUUCUCAGUGGCUUACCAUUGGUGGUGAUCUGCAUUCAAUCUCCAUCAGUGUUUGCUCUUACAGACUACUAUAGAGGUUUUUAAAUAUAUCCAAGUACUUCAUUUAAACCCUGGUACACAUGAAGGAGCUGUGAAAACAAUGCAAAUACUGAUUUAAAAAAGGCAUUUGAGGUUUUAAAUUGACUGGUAUAAUACAGUGGGUAAGAAAAGCUGGAUAUAGUUGUCCUCAUAUAGUAUUGCUAAUGAUGACUGUAAGAGAGAAAUUAAACAUAGUGCAAUAUUUUUAAAUAUGCCGAAUGGGAAAAGGGCAAAAUAGUUGUAUUUUAGUGAUAAGAAGGAAAACAUAAAUUCCUGUCUGGCAUUAAUUACAGUAAGCGGUGAAUCUCGAGGGUAAAAUUGUAAUAUUACAUUCCUGAUGUAAUCUUUGCUUCAUGCUUAACUGUAAAUAGCUGGAAAUAAAGAAUACCACAGAAAACAAGAAUAUCUUGACUUAAUGAUAUCUGAAUAGGUGGCAGCUACACACAUUUGCAGAAGAUCUGCCUAAUAUGAUUUUGUUGGCUAUUAUUUUAUCAUGAGAAUAAGCUUUAAUAAAAUAGUUUUGCUAAAUUA